GGGAGAUUAACAGAUGGUAAAGGUAAAACAAUUGAAUGUAAAGACGCUAUAUUUAUUAUGACUUCAAAUCUGGCAAGUGAUGAGAUAGCAAGGCAUGCUAUACAACUCCGAAAUGAAGCAGAAGAUAUAUCAAUGCAAAGACAAAAAGGAAACAUAGGUGAUUUAGACAUUUCUGAAAGAAUCACUAUAUCAAGAAAUUUCAAAGACAAUGUAGUAGAACCUAUUUUGAAGAGACACUUUCGACGAGAUGAGUUUCUUGGAAGAAUCAAUGAAAUGGUGUACUUCUUACCAUUUUCAAGAUCCGAACUUAUAAAGUUAGUCUUGAUUGAAUUGAAUUUCUGGGCUGCUAAGGCUAAAAAGAAUCACAAUAUGCAGAUAGAGUGGGACAGACAAGUGUUAGAUGUCUUAGCCGAUGGUUAUAAUGUGCGUUAUGGUGCAAGGUCUAUUAAACAUGAGGUUGAGAGGAGAGUUGUUAACCAACUUGCUGCAGCACAUGAAAGGAGUCUCAUUCAUAAUGACUGCCAUAUUAAUAUAACAGUCAACGAUCCUAGUAAUGAAUUGUUAAGAUCUGAUAAUGUAACUUCGUCAUCUCCAGCUAUCAAAUUACAGCUUCUAAAGAAGG